GUCCCGUUCGAAAGUAGUCCGUCUCCUGGCGACGGGGCACCGCUUGAAAGCGGCCGGCGCCGGCGGAGCGGUUUCUUGGUCGCAGGAGAGGCCUGUCUCCCUCCGCGCCGGGGCCUCGGCGUGAGGGAGGCGCGCGCGAGGCGGCUGACAGGCGGCCGGUCCUGAGGCGCCCGGCGGAGCAGCCCCGCGGCGACGGGAUGUUCAAGAACACGUUCCAGAGCGGCUUCCUGUCCAUCCUCUACAGCAUCGGGAGCAAACCGCUGCAGAUCUGGGACAAGAAGGUGCGGAACGGCCACAUCAAGCGAAUCACCGACAAUGACAUCCAGUCGCUGGUGCUGGAGAUCGAGGGCACCAACGUCAGCACCACGUAUAUCACGUGUCCCGCUGACCCAAAGAAGACGCUGGGGAUCAAGUUGCCAUUUUUGGUGAUGAUCAUCAAAAACCUGAAGAAAUACUUUACUUUUGAAGUGCAGGUGCUGGAUGAUAAAAAUGUGCGCCGACGGUUCCGUGCCAGCAACUAUCAAAGCACCACCCGGGUGAAGCCUUUCAUCUGCACCAUGCCCAUGCGCCUGGAUGAUGGCUGGAACCAGAUCCAGUUCAACCUGUCGGACUUCACUCGCCGGGCCUAUGGCACCAACUACAUUGAGACCCUGAGAGUCCAGAUCCAUGCAAACUGUCGCAUCCGCAGAAUAUACUUCUCUGACAGACUUUACUCUGAGGACGAGCUUCCUGCUGAGUUCAAACUGUACAUUCCUGUCCAGAACAAAGCAAAGCAAUGAUGGCGUGAUGGCAAGCCUCCGGCAGAAACAAUGUGAAGAUGCUGAUGGAAGAGUAUUUUUUUUAAAUUAGAAACAAAAUGUAGGUGUGGAUUUCUUUGAGUAACUAUAUUUAAUAACAGUUGGUAUCUGUGAUGCUGGGACCAAACAAAACAAACUAUAUCAUUGUUCCGUGUGAGAGAUGGAUUGGGCUCCACUUUGAAGUUGUGGAUCACUCCUAGGGAGACCAUGAAUCGUGGAACUGAUUUGCCUAGCAAGUGGAGGCUUUUGUUGAAGCAGUUCUGAAACCCUGGUGCCCUCACAGAUGCCAGUGGUUUCCUUCUUUGCUCUGUCUCUGUGUUUGCCCCAAGUGCGUGUGAGCUACUCUUGUCCUGGAAGCUGCUAUUAAAUAUUUGAUUUUCUUUGUAA